AUGGCCUACGAUGGGUACUAUUCCAACCCCUACCAAACAGGCCCCAUGAACCCUCCAAACGACGGCUACUCGCCGACUCCUCCAUACCCAACCCAAUACGACGAGCGCAUCAACAUGCCACAGCCUCAGAUGCCGACAAAUUCUCCAGCUCCAAAUCCAGAGCUGUACCCUGAGCCCCGAUACCCACAGAACCAGAGCCAGGACCACAAUCCAGGCGCUAUCAACGACGCCGUAAACUCCGCCGUCCACAGCAGUGGCUCUACAGGCUAUCUCUCGCCAGAGGUAUUGUCCCAGAUCACAGCGACAGUCAUCCAGCAACUCAAAUCAACCGGCUUGGACAACAUACAAGGAUCACCUUCAGCCCCCGGUCCACCCCCGCCCCGCUCGCAAUCGCAGCAGCCAGCCUGGCAAACAGAUCCGUCGGUGCGACCGCAUGCUGAGUCCCCUCCUGCUAUGGCUGCGCGCAGCAACUCUAUCCCCCCAUCUGUUCCUGUCUCGGGUGGUAGCACGGAACCUUUCAAGCCAUACGUUGAGCCAUACGUUGAGCCUGAGUACGGUGAUACUCGUCCCAAUCCGAGACAAACCCCCGAUCCAAGUUUUGAGCGACGGGGUUCUAUGUCGAGUCAGGGCAGUGCACGCAGUCAUCACAAGGAGGCUAGACCUAAGCCGCCUGAUCGGGACGCUACUGUUAUGGAGAUGACGACACUUGAGCGGAUUUGGGGUAAGUUGUUUGAGGAGGGGAAGCCUACGAGGAGGCUUGGUCAGUUUUUGCGUGGUAUUGCGCUUCACUUGAUUGAGGAUUACCCUCCUGGAAAUACUAUCGUGAUCGUUCCUCACAAGCUUCAAAAAUUUUACAAGGAUACUCAGGUUUCGUCGGAUUCGUACCCAUGGCAUGAUAUUUUCGAUGAUCGCACAUCUUCUAUCUCACGGCUAUUCCGCGAUGUCGAGGCCGAACAUCAUCUUGUACAAGAUAAGCUUAGCGAACGUCCUGAUAUUCCAGGCCUGACACCAAAAGGCUUCGAGAGAUGGGCUACUCUAAUGAUCAUCGCCAACCCCGAGCGGGAAUAUGAGCGACUUCAAAAGGCAGUUCUCAAUAUGCCGAUCAGCAACCCUGACGACAAGAAAGAGCGCUUCCCCAAGGAAAUCCCGCGCCGCCUCUUCCCAGAUAUUGGAGAUCUUAAGAUCAGAGAAGAGAUCGAAGACCAAAUCAUGAAGCAGUGUGGCGUCGACCUCCCCGAAAUCACUGUUGAGGAACGUGACGAAGCCACCCGCUCUAGAAGAUCUCCCGUGUCAGCCACAUCUUCCAUAGAUCGGACUCAUUCAUACGAACGAGGCAGGCCUCCACCAGCAAAAUCAUCCCCACCCACAGCAAAGCCGAGAGUCAGAACAGCCUCAACAUCCCCAGUCGUAAUCGACGACGAAGACGAAACAAUCCCCUCCGCCCCGAUUGAGCGCGAACGCAAGCCCUACAGAGCAACUCCAGGAGGUGGCAAAGUCUACGAAGGCCCCGGCUCAAGUACAGGCUCAGGCACCCAAGCCCCAAGCCACAGCCACAGCGGCUCCUUCUCCACCCCCAGACAAACAGACACAAACAUAAAAUCCCACCAACCACCAUCAACCAGAAUGUCAAUGCCAGACGCCUACGACCGAGACUCACUCUACGCCCGCACAGGCUCAGGAUCAGGCUCAAGCACAACACCCGGCCGACGCUUUUCCCGCGGCUCGCGUAGCUCAUCUCGAAGCGUGAACCAGCGCACUGGCGAUUACAGACAUUCGGAGAGUGACCUACUAAGCCGAGACCGUGACCAUCUGCCACGGUAUGGUGGUAUUUCCGCGCAGGAUCUGCAGUACAUGGAAUCUCCUACUUCUGUUUCGCCGGAGGUUGAUGAACCCAGACGAUUCCAUCAUAACCGUGGGAGCAGUGCCCGUCCUGAUGAGGAUUACUAUCGGGGCAUGCUUGGUGGACAAGGCGGGGGACCUGUUCAUACUCAUGCCCAUGGGCAUGGGUAUGAUAAGUAUUAUCGGUGA